AAGAAAGAAGUCGGAAAAGAAAAAGAAGAAGAAAACAAAUGAGAAAAGCAUUUUACUGUCAAGCACUUUGUCACGAUUCUUGGACUUGAGCGAAAAUUGUUCACCAAAAGGCUCUCCUUUUUCACUUCCCGACAUAGGGUUCUUAUUAUUCUCUCUCCUCUUGUGGACACACACUGAUUCAAUCGAUUUCACUCACAGAGUCAGCCGCGAUCUAUGAUUCAAGUGCCCUUCAUUUUUACUUGGAAUUCUCUGUGAGCUUCUCUCUUUCUCAAAACCUUUUUAUAUGAAAUGGCGUUGAUUUGACAGGUUGAUUUUUGUUUAAAUUUUGGGCUUUUGUCAUAUCUCUUUUUGGUGAGAUUUGGGGAAGUUUGUGGGAGAAAAUAAAUGGAAGUGCAUUUUUUGCAAGAACUCAGAUUUGUUUUAGUAUCUUUCAUAUCCUGAAAGAAUGGGCAAAAGUAAGAAUUAGACACAUAAAAGAUUCAAUCUUUAGAUAUUAUAUGUUAUGUAUUGAAUCGUUUAUGGUCAGAUUUUGAAAAUUAAAAGUGGGAUUACUAUUUUGAUGAUUUAAUUUGUUCUAAUGGAUAAAGGGUUUGAAAAUUUGCUUUCUGCAAGAAAGCUGUUAAAAGCUAGUGUGGAGAAAUCAAAGGCAUUGGGGUUAUCUUUAGAUAAAACUGGACCUGGAUUAGAUGAGAUUAACCAAAGAUUGCCGUCUUUGGAAGUCUCGAUCAGGCCAAUAAGGGCUCAAAGGGAUGCCCUUGUUACAGUUGGGGGUCAUAUAAAUCGAGCUGUGGUCCCAGCGGCUGCAGUUCUUAAGGUUUUUGAUGCCAUUCACGGACUUGAGAAAUCUUUAUCUGAUCCUCAAUCAGAUCUCCCUGGGUACCUUGGGGUGCUCAAGCGCCUUCAGGAGGCAACCAGAUUCUUGGGGGAGAAUUGUGGAAUGGCGAUUCAAUGGUUAGCUGAUAUUGUUGAGUACUUGGAGGAUCAUAAAGUGGCAGAUAAAAAGUUUAUUUCGGGUUUGAAGAAAGCAUUGGAGUGUCUUCGGGAAUUAGAGGCGGGGGAGGAAAAGGGUCACCUUGAUGGGGGACUUCUUAAGGUUGCUCUGGACAGGUUGGAGAAUGAGUUUCGACGGCUUUUGACAGAAAACAGUGUUCCAUUGCCAAUGUCCACACAGACACUGCCAGGUGAGCAAGCCUGCAUUGCCCCAUCCCCUUUACCAGUGACUGUUAUACAGAAGCUGCAGGCUAUUCUUGGGAGAUUGAUUGCAAAUAACAGGUUUGACAGGUGCCUUUCCAUUUAUGUUGAAGUUCGGAGUUUGAAUGUUCGGGCAAGUUUGCAGGCACUUAAUUUGGAUUAUCUUGAGAUAUCGGUCUCUGAAUUCAAUGAUGUGGCAAGCAUAGAGGGUUAUAUAGCUCAAUGGGGAAAGCAUUUGGAGUUUGCUGUGAAGCACCUGCUUGAGGCUGAGUACAAGCUUUGUAAUGACGUGUUUGAGAGAAUGGGGAUGGAUGUUUGGAAGAGCUGUUUUGCUGAUAUAGCUGCCCAGGCAGGUAUUCUUGCAUUCUUGCAAUUUGGGAAAACUGUAACAGAAAGUAAAAAGGAUCCUAUCAAGCUAUUGAAGCUAUUGGAUAUCUUCGCAGCCUUAAGUAAGCUAAGAUUGGAUUUUAACCGCCUAUUUGGUGGAGCAGCCUGUGCUGAGAUCCAAAAUUGGACAAGAGAUCUCAUCAAGAGAUUGAUUCAAGGGGCUUGUGAAAUUUUUUGGGAGCUUUCGGUUCAAGUUGAAUUGCAAAGGCAUACUCCACCUCCUCCGGAUGGUAGUAUUCCAAGAGUAGUGACUUUCAUUACCGAUUACUGUAAUAACUUGCUUGGGGAUGACUACAAGCCGAUCCUUACUCAAGUUCUGGUUAUUGAAAGAAGUUGGAAGCAUGAAAAAUUCCAAGAAGGAAUCCUUAUCAAUGAACUUCUGAAUUUAGUUAAAUCCAUCGAGCUGAAUGUGGAGACAUGGUCAAGGGCUUAUGAAGAUGCUGUUUUGUCCUAUAUAUUCUCGAUGAACACUCACUGGCAUCUAUACAAGCAUCUGAAAGGCACGAAGAUUGGAACCUUAUUGGGUGACUCUUGGUUGAGAGAACACGAACGGUAUAAGGACGACUAUUCUUCUCUUUACUUGAGAGAGAGCUGGGGCAAACUUCCUGCCCUUUUAAGUCGGGAAGGUCUGAUUUUGUUCUCUGGAGGGCGUGCAACUGCCCGUGAUCUUGUAAAAAAGAGAUUAAAAUCUUUUAAUGAAGCUUUUGAUGACAUGCAUCGGAAGCAGUCCAACUGGGUUAUUUUGGAGAAAGAUCUGCGGGAGAAAACACGCCAGGUUAUAAUUCAGACUAUUGUGCCUGUUUACCGUAGUUACAUGCAAAAUUAUGGGCCAUUGGUUGAACAAGACCCAAGUGCAAGCAAAUAUGCAAAGUAUACAGCUCAGUCAUUGGAGAAAAUAUUUAACUCUCUUUUUCAGCCGAAGCCAGUGAAACAAGGCAGUUUAAGAGUGAGACAGUCGAGUGGGAAAUUUAACAACGGCGUUGCAGAGCAGCCUCAAACUUCUCCUAACGUGAAGUGAAUGAUUUCUCUAUGUAACUAAAUUUGCACGGUUAGCCUGAAAGGAAACACUUGUGAAUUGCUUUCCCAUGUGAUGAUUUACUAUGUUCUGUAUAUAUUGGCUCUGGGAGGACCUGAUAACCAGCAUGUGUCCUGUCCGGAUUCAAAUAAUGGAGGCAGCACUUGGUUGAUUUUUGAGGUUAGUUACCUAAACUGAACUGUCUCAACUUUCAAGGCUUUACUGAGGCAUUCUGCACAUGAAGCACAAUUGUAUGAUGAGUCGAUUCUUAUUUCAGCCGUUGAUUCAGAUCUGUAGAGGAACUUUACAGUUAAAGUUAUUCGUCUUUCACAUAUUUCACUCAUUGAUUCAUUUUAGAUAAGCUGCAGUAUAAAAUCCUGCGUCUUUUUAUGGUUACA